CCGCCACUUCCGGCGCGACCGGCUGCUUCUGGGCGCCCCCCGGAGCCGAGCGUCCGCCGCCGGCCGGACCCGCCAUGGAGCGCCUCGACAAAGCGGCACUAAACGCGCUGCAGCCUCCCGACGUCAGGAGAAGAGAGUGAAAGUUUCCAGAAGUCUAUUACGUGUGCUGUGGCAACAGAUAAAACUCUUAAGUAGGCAAAUGUGAUAUAACAAGCUGUGCACCUUGACCUCUACAGUUGUCAUGAGUCUGUUUCAUCAUUGAAUAAUGGAUGAAGACCAAGGAGAAAAUAAAAAUAGAGAUCCAAGUGACAGUUCUGAAAGUGAAAAGAAGGAGAUCUUUAUAGGAUUCCAAGACACGUUGGAAGAAGAAGGAGCUAGUGCAUCCCCAAGCACCACCACUCUUUGUGAUAAAACAGUCAGUCCAGAGAGUCUUCAACAGAAACCUGAAUGGAUGCCAUCAUUUAACAGCUAUGAAGACUUCAUUCAAAAGACACUGAAAUCAUUGGAUGGCUUUAUGAUAAUACUGAAUACAGAAGGAGUAAUACUGUUCGUGCCCUCAAGGGUCUUUCUUCUCCUCGGCCAUAUAUCAGAAGAGAUCAUGGGUAAAACACUGCUAAGCCUGCUGCCUGAGUCGGAGAAAAGCAGAGUUUAUCAAAAGAUUGCUCUCAAGUUUCCUUUUUCAAGUGCAGUGGGGAAACACAUUAAAUUUGGAUGUCACUUAAGAAGAGGAAAUGUUGAUUAUAGUUGCAACCCAGUUUAUGAAUAUGCAAAAAUCAUCCUGAAUGUAAUCGAUAUCUCAGAGGAACCUUUGAUCCUCUUCACACAACUUUUCUCAAGACAUCCUUUAAAGAUUCCUAUACCUGUGGAGGAUAGAUUUUAUCUUGUGGGACUUGUGUGUGUGAUCAAGAGUCAAACCUUUCAGGAACUUUGCUCUGCAGAGGAAGGGGGUGAUGAAACUGAAGAAGAUACGGAUGAUGAGGGUCCUGUGGAUUACAGCUUUAGACGAGUUACAUACCAUGGAAGUACUUACAAAGGAAUUACUUAUGAAACUGAAGACCUGUAUGCUGGCCCUGAGCAUUGUCCCUUGGAUGAUCAAGCUUCCACUGUAACUGUUGAGCAAUAUGGAUCACGUAACUCUUCUAGUGAAUGCAACAUCGAGUCUGCGUCAUCUCCAGGAUCACGGUCAUCUUCUCCAGAACCCUCUGCUAGUUGGAACGCUCUAACAUGUUUCCAGAACUUUAGCUUUAAUUUGGAUCACAACAGCCAGAUGAUGCAGAACACUAGUACAGUCCCAUCCUAUAAAUAUUGUGUGGUUGAAACACAAGAUAAUCCAUCCGUAGAAAAGUUGGUGCCUGUGGAAGUAGUAGAAGGUGGUGAAACUGAGGAGAAGCAAGUGGAGGAGGAGCCUAUACAGAAGGAAGAGCAGCAGGUGAAGGGGGAGUCAGUGGCAGAGGCAGACGGAGCAGAGCCUGUGCAGGAGGUGAAGCCUGAGGAAGCAGCAGAGCUGGAAGCUGCAGAAGAGGCACGAGUAGAAGAUCCUGGGGAGGAGUCAAAGCCAGCCAUGAAGGCAGAGCCCAUAGAGGAGUCUACAGGAAAGGCCGAGCCUGCAGAAGAGGUCAAGCCUGGUAAAGAGGGGAAAGUUGCGCCUGUGAAGGUGGAGAAAGCUGUGAAGAUGGCCAAGGAGGCCUUAGAGGCAGCUGACUUUGCAGAGAAAGCAGAAGUGGCAGAGGGAGUAGAGGAGAAGUUGGAGAAUCUGAAGGAAGCUGAGCUGUCUCCAGAGGUGAUGGAGACGGAGCUGGAGACGCUGCCGUGUUUCAGUGUGACCACUGUCAGUCAGGCACUCGUGCCAGCCAGAGCCUCCAGGGCUACUACCACCCUGGCAAUAGAAGGCACCAUGGGAUUGCUGCAGGCUGACACCAAACACUCUCAGGAGACCCGUGAAGAAACUGCGAAGCAGCUGAAGACUGUGCUGGACCCCGAGAGUCAGCAUAGCACCUCAGUCCCCUGUAAGAGUCCAGGGUCCCAGUCUUUGGAGGCACUGACCAAGCACACUGGUAAACUGAAGCGGUCCCACUCAGAUGUCUUCAAGGCCAAGCGUUUCCGUGCCUCACCUCUGCCUGAGCUGGAGAAGCCUUGUGAUCCCUCCAUCCAGCAGGUACAGCCCCCGAAGGAAGGAGCCCAGGAUCCUCCAGGCCCCAGCACUGCCCAGGAGCCUGCUGAAGUACCUGAAGAUGGGGCACAGCUGUCAUCCAGCGGGGAUGAGCAGCUCAUUCAGAGCAAGCCUUGAGAGAAUGGGGAGCAGGCCAUGAGGCCUGCCUGGCCAGGGGAC